AUGAAGGUGAAUCGCAAGAUCGACAAAGCUUGCGAAGGUCUGGUCGCCCUGGGCGGCGAUUUCGUCUAUUCUCCUGGAGUUCUGAGUCUCAUGACAGCUCUGUACCUCUCUGUUGACAAUAUCAGUGCGGCUUCAGUGACGCUCUCAAAAGCGGUGAAUCGUUUAAUGAACGAUAAAUCUAACGAGGAGGUGUUAACUACGUUGCUUGAAGAAUGUGCUACUCUGUAUUCACGGCUGGGUGAUCAAGAAACGGCACUACAGUACCUUGAAAGCCUUAAGAAUAUCAAACCGAACGACAAAAGCAUUUUGGCACGGUUGAUGAACGCCUAUAUGUUGAUUGAUGAGCAAAAGGCUUUGAAGUAAGC